GUGAGAAGAGGAAAAAAAAGAAGAAGAGGGUCUUUGAGUUUUGAGUUUCUCUCAGGGAAGCUGAAUGGUAUAUUCUGAAUCUGAUCUUGUUUAUGAUUUUUAUUGAAAUUCAGCUCUUUCUCAAACUUGGGUUGUGAUUGGAUUUUUGUUUGAGUUUGUAUAACUCUAGAUUCAGAUUCAUCUUACUUCAUUGCUUCUCAAGGUUAGAAUCAUAAAUGUUUGAAUCUUUUUGGUCUGUAGUUGAUGUAGAGAGCAGAUAAGAACUCAAACAAGUAAGGGUUUCAAGAUUUUCUUGUUUUUUUCUUAGUAUUUGAUUAGAUCUCAUAGGAAUUGUAAUUUUUUUUUUUUUGUAAAAGUGAAAAAUGACAUCUGUGGAUCCAAUGGGGUUGUUUAGUUUUAGGGUUAAAGUUGUUUAAAUUCCUUGUUGUAAUCAUGUUGAUUCAAAAAUGGAAGUUCAAGAAAUUUGUACAGUUCAACAAAGUUGAAACCCUAGAUUAGUAUGUUGUUGGCUGUAUUUAAAAAAUGUCUGAUUUUCUUGAGGAGGUGUUGGAGUUAGUAUUUGAUUUCCUUACAUCACACCAAGACAGGAAUGCCGUUUCUCUUGUUUGCAAGUCAUGGUUUAGAGUUGAGAGAUGGAGUAGGGAAAGAGUUUUUAUUGGAAAUUGUUACGCCAUUACUCCUGAAAGAUUGAUUACUAGGUUUCCGAGAGUUAAGGCUCUCACAUUGAAAGGGAAGCCUCAUUUUGCUGAUUUUAAUUUGGUUCCUCAUGAUUGGGGAGGUUUUGUAUAUCCAUGGAUUGAAGCUAUGGCUAAGAGUUAUCCAGGGCUUGAGGAGCUUCGGUUGAAGAGAAUGGUUGUCUCUGAUGAUAGCCUUGAAUUGUUAUCUCGUUCGUUCCCCAAUUUCAAGUCGCUUGUACUUGUCACUUGUGAAGGGUUUACUACGGAUGGACUCGCUGCUAUUGCUGCUAACUGCAGGGUUCUUAGAGAGCUGGACUUGCAAGAAAAUGAAGUUGAUGAUGAAAGGGGCCACUGGCUGAGCUGUUUUCCACAAACAUGCACUUCUCUUGUCUCUCUAAAUUUUGCAUGUCUAAGAGGAGAGGUUAAUUUAGGAGCCCUUGAGAGGCUUGUGGCCAGAUGCCCGAACUUAAGAAGUCUGAAGUUAAACCGCUCAGUUCCCCUUGAGAUGCUCCAGAGAAUCUUAACUCUUGCUCCUCAUCUCCUGGACUUGGGCACUGGUACGUUCAUUGAUGAACCUGAGUCUGAGACCUACGAGAAAUUUUCUAAGGCCGUCAUCAAAUGUAAAUCUGUCAGGAGUUUAUCAGGGUUUUUAGAGGUUGCUCCUGCCUGCUUACCUGCUAUGUAUUCCAUUUGCUCAAACCUGUCUUCCUUGAACUUGAGCUAUGCACCAGGAAUUAAGGGUACUGAGCUCAUCGGAAUAAUUCUUCGCUGCAACAAACUUCAACGACUAUGGAUAUUGGAUUGUAUUGGAGAUAAAGGGUUGGAAGUUGUAGCUUUUAUUUGUAAAGAGCUACAGGAGUUGAGGGUGUUUCCAUCCCUUCAUGGUGCAGAGAAUGCAUGUGUAACGGAACAUGGGCUGGUUGCUUUAUCCAUGGGUUGUCCGAUGCUUAAUUCAUUGCUAUACUUCUGUCAUCAGAUGACAAAUGCUGCCCUCAUAACUGUGGCUAAGAACUGCCCCAAUUUCGUUCGCUUCAGAUUAUGCAUCCUUGACCCUAAAAAGCCUGACCAUGUCACAUUACAGCCACUAGAUGAAGGCUUUGGAGCAAUUGUUGAGUCUUGCAAGGGGCUCAGACGAUUGUCACUUUCUGGUCUUUUGACCGACCGAGUAUUCAUGUACAUCGGGAUGUACGGGGAACAGUUAGAGAUGCUAUCUGUUGCAUUUGCGGGGGAUAGUGAUAAGGGAAUGCUUUAUGUGUUGAAUGGGUGUAAGAAACUCCGGAAGUUGGAAAUCAGGGAUAGCCCGUUUGGUGAUAUGGCGCUUCUGAGAAACAUGGGGAAGUAUGAAGCAAUGCGAUCCCUUUGGAUGUCAUCUUGCGACGUUACUCUCAGAGGCUGCAAGACUCUUGCGAAUACAAUGCCGAAGCUCAAUGUGGAAAUCAUGAAUGAAAAUCAGGAGAAAUUAAAUGAUAGUCAGAAGGUAGAUAAGAUGUAUGUAUACCGAUCCCUAGAUGGACCUCGAAGGGAUGCUCCCGAUUUUGUUUGGACCUUGUGAGUGAACUGGUGACAUUGCUGCCUUGUGUUAGAUGAUUACGAUUCUUGUCAAGGAUAUCUACCAUCCUUUUAGAAAAGGGCAGCAGCCUGAGUCAUCAUCUUCCUGAACCUGUUGGUAGGGCUGUUGAGGUGGUGGACCACCAUCAUUGAAGUAUCCCUGAAAUCCAGGUGGUGGUGGUACUGGAGAGUAUGAUGCUGGUGGCGGAUAAAUUGGUACGUACCCUGCAUUUCAGACGUACGAAAAGAAACUUGUUAAAUCUGAGAAGCCCAUGAUAAUGAAGGUGUUAGUGGAACUAAACCCUCAAGGUUAUGAUCAUGAUAAUACCAGGUGGUGGUGGUACCGGAGGAUAUGAUUCUGGUGGUGGAUAACUUGGUGUGAACCCUGCAUUUCAGACAAAAAAAAUAAAGUUGUUGAAUCUGAGAACCAUGGAUAUGAAGCUGCUAGUGGAACUAAACCUAGAGGGGAUGAUCAUGAUAAUACCAGGUGGUGCGUAGGCAUCAUCUGACUCCUCGACAACGGUAACCUCCUUAUAACUCAUUUUUUCUGCUGAAAUGACCGACUUCAAAUUGCAGAGAUCAACAGAGAGUUAGCCUAGAAAUGAUACUAGUGAGUUCAAGUUCAAGAGUAGUUGAUACGGUGUGUAGAAAUGAAGACCAUUUGGUGAGAUAUAGCAUGUGAGAUGGUCUAAAUGGAGAAAGCUGCUGUACAACAAGGGAUUUGGCCGUUGGUUGGUUUAUGUCUGUCUGUUUAGCAUGCAAUACCCACCCACCAGUCUUGUCAAUUUCUUUCUUUCAUUGAUUGGAUGUUAGCAUAUGCUUCUUUCUUUUAAGCUAAUGAGAUCGGUGCACUCACUGAAAUCUCAUGGCCCUUUCUCCAUACUGGCAUUCUAUCACCAGUAAAGAUGAACAUUCACGUUGGGAGUGAGUUAUGCGAGUAAGACAUGAAUGCUAUUGUUUGGUUGUCAUCCUCAAAAGGCCUGCAAAGACGCUUAUUGAACGAUGAUUUGCAUAGGCCAUUUCGAGUCCUUUUUGUCGCGCAUCUUUUCAAGUAUCUCCAUCGUGUAAAGGCUGUUCAAUUUAUUUCAUGAAUUACAACAA